AAAAACAAUAUAAAUGUAUAAAACCUUCACGGACUAUACUAGUAUCGUAUUAGUUGGACUUUUUAUUGGGCUUUACUAUCUGGGCUUGAGCCUGUUAACGUUCUAAAGUCUUAGCUCAUCAGAAAUCUGUUUGACUUGCUCCUCCUUUCUUUUCACAUACCUCUCGCACUCGAACGAAUCUAGGGUUUCAGGAGUUUCCAGAAUCCAGAACAACAAUGGCGAAUCAAGUGAUUUCAAGCUUCAAAGAAUCGGCACAUUCGAUCUCCAUUGCUGCUCGUGCCUGGAGUGAAUUUCUAGAUCUAUCCGCUUUGAGCUUCCCUUCCUCCGUCGCCGACGCCACCACGCGCGUGACGCAAAACCUCACGCAUUUCCGAAUCAACUACAGUAUCAUCAUCUACUUCCUCCUAGCCUUCGCUCUAAUCACACGCCCGAUCGCGAUUCUCGCGUUUAUCGCCGUCGGUCUCGCUUGGUACUUCCUCUACUUCGCUCGCGAGGAAUCACUCGACAUCUUCGGUUUUUCUGUUAACGACGGCGUCGUCGCGGUGUUUCUCGCCGGUCUUACACUCUUUUCACUUUUCAUCACCGGAGUCUGGCUUAGAGCGCUUACAACCGUCGGAUUCGGCGUUUUGCUCGUGAUUUUGCACGCUGCGGUUAGAGGAACGGACGAUCUUGUGACGGACGAUCUCGAAUCUCCAUACGGAGCUAUGCUCUCUAACGUCGCCGACGACAAUGGCGGCGCUCGCGGCGAUUACAGCGGAUUAUAAGCUUUUUGAUUUAUCUGAAUUUGGGGAUUUAGGAUCUUUGUUUCUCUUUUUCUUCUUCUUCUUCCCCGUGUGAUUCAAACAUGUAAAGUGAAUUAACCCGGUUCGUUGGUAAUUGCACGAUUGGUUCUCAA